UAAAUCUAAAUUACAAAAUCGAUCAUGGCGACAAUGGGAAGGAACAUGGCGGCACCAUUACUUUUUCUCAACCUAGUUAUGUAUUUCAUCGUCUUGGGUUUCGCCAGUUGGUGUAUCAAUCGUUACAUCAAUGGCCAAACUAACCAUCCCAGUUUCGGUGGCAACGGAGCUACUCCAUUCUUCCUGACGUUUGCAAUGUUGGCGGCGGUGGUCGGAAUAGUUUCUAAAAUGGCUGGAGGAGCACAUAUCAGGGCUUGGAGGAAUGACAGUCUCGCCGCCGCUGGAUCCUCUUCUUUGGUUGCUUGGGCCGUCACCAUGCUUGCGUUUGGAUUGGCAUGCAAGGAAAUAAGUGUGGGAGGAUGGAGAGGAUGGAGGUUAAAGAUAUUGGAGGCGUUUAUAAUAAUUUUGGCAAUUACCCAGUUUCUUGAACUGCUUGUGCUUCAUGCUGGUACCUUUAGCAGUAGGUAUGGACCGGGUUACAGAGAUGAUUAUGGUGCAGGCACCGGAGUAGGCGGUGGAGAACCUAAGGGUGUGACUGGGGUAAGGGUCUGA